CUGACGUAGAAAGGCCAACCGUAUUUAUACUAUACAAAGAGCAUUUUUUUUUAAGUAUUCCUUCACAAAUUGAAACGACAACUACAACAACAAAUCACUAAAUAUGUGGAGAGCACUACUAGCAUGUCCCAUUAUGUUCCUCGGAGCAUCAAUUCAAACCUGGUCAUCCUCAGCUAUGCCAAAAUUAGUGAACAACGAAACCAGUCCAUUUGGUAGAGCACUGGAAACUCAUGAAGCGACUUGGGUAGUUUCGUCGCUGACAUUAGGCUGCGCUAUUGGAACUUGGAUUGCCAGCUAUCUAGCAAUUACUAUAGGAAGGAAACGUACAUUAUUAUUCUCUGGAAUUUGCUCACUUAUUGGUAAUUUAAUGAUUGCUUUUGGAACUACUGUAGAGACCUUUUAUGCUGCUAGACUGAUUCUAGGAUUUACCGUUACGUCCUCUAUGUUUUUGGUGCCUGUUUAUAUGGGAGAAAUAGCAGGGAAAUCAAAAGGAGUAUUUUUUAUUGCUUUUGCAUCAACAUCUGUCUGUUCUGGUCUUUUGUACUCAAAUAUUAUUGGGCCGUUUGUUAGCAUUUCCAUAAUGAGCCUUAUUUCAGCCCUGCUAUCGUUUGUGUUUUGUAUAAUAUUUGUAGUUUUUGGUAAAGAGACACCAAAUUUUUAUCUGAAAUGCAAAAAGCCUGUUUUAGCAGAAACUGUUCUAAAGGCGACUAAUAAAGAUCAAAAACAUGUUACUGAGUUUUUGUUGGAGAUGCAGUUUGUACAACAAGCAGACGAAUCUAUUAAUAUAUUUAGUCUCUACUCCUCUAAAGCUUUUAAAAGAUCUUUAAUAAUUGUUAACAGCCUCUUUUUGAUUCAGCAGCUGUCUGGUGUCGAUGUUUUAUUGUUUUAUGGAAUUAAACUUUUCCAGGACUUGGACUCCAAUAUUACUCCAGAAGUAUCUGUCAAUAUUUUAGGUCUUUUCCACUUGUUUAGCAGUUUUCUACUCAUAGCACUUGGACCUAAAUUUGACAGAAAGUCUUUAUUCACUUUCUCUGGUCUUGGAAUAGCAUUUUUUCAGGCUUGUUUGGCAAUCUUUACAUACGUUAAAGGUAUGUAUCCAUUACCUUUUGCUUUAAAUAUUCUACCUCUGUUCUUCUUAGUGUUUUACAUCAUAAUCUACAAUUGUGGCUUUGGCCCCCUUCCAUUCUUAAUGUUAACUGAAAUACUGCCAGCAAAAGAAAAAUUUGGUAUAAUUUCGUUAACAGCUACAAUUUACUGGCUGGUGGUUUUUGCUAUUACUAAGAACUUCUUCACAGUUCUCGAAAUUUUAAGUUUCUCUGGAUAUUUUGUAUUUUGUUCGAUAGUAUGCUUUCUGGGGGUAAUAUUUUUGAGAUAUUACUUGAUAGAAACUAAGGGUAAGACUUUAGGAGAGAUACAACAUGAAUUAGAACAAAAUUGAUGACUCAAUUUGAGUCUGACUCAAUAUGAAGUUUUUAGAUUUGAAAAAUGAGGCUGGAUAGAAAAAUAUCAAUCUGCACUCAAGGCAUUAUGUUUCUUUGAUUGAUGAUGAGUGUUUCACUUAAGAGAAACUAAGAUUAGGUAGAUUGUCUAUAUGUAACUUGAUUCAUCAAAUGUUAGUCCCAACAUAUUUAAAUUAACUUAUUUAUUAUUAUUAUUAACAUGUGUAUUAUUUAACUCUAUUUAAUAUUAAUUUUUGUAUUUAUUAUAUUUAUUUAUAUUUUUAUAAUAUUUAUUAAUUGACUGUGGU